GAAGGAUAAAGAUAGGAUAAGAAUUGACCGUUAGCGCCAUUUCUCGAAUGACGAAGAGAUUUCUUUAAAAAAUAAGAUAAAGAGAGAUCGAAUAUCAGAUAGAUAGAGUAGUCUCAAGUUAUUUCCGUAAGUCAGAUCUUUAAUUUAAGCUCUUAAAAGUUAAACAAUUUUACGUAAAAGUUACGAAAUUUAUAAUUUUCUAUUUUGUUAUGUAAAGAUUAGUUUCGUCUGUUUGUCGCUGGAUGGCGCUGUAACAUCCAUUUUCUGAAUUACUUCGAAACAUGUUUCUAAAUACGUAUUAAUCGGGAAAAAAAUUUAGAUAUUUUAAAUUAUUUCCAAGGAUCUAAACUUUAAUUUUCGUGCUGAAAACAUAUUUCUAAAAAUCUUUAAACAAAAAGUGCAGAAAAAGAAGUUAUGUGUGGUAACUGAUGAAUAUAAUUCGUAUAAAUGAUUUUUAUUAAUUUGACUUUACAUUGCAAGUUUUAACAAUAAUUUAACAAUAAAUUAAAAUAAUAAGUCAAUGAGAGACAAUAUUAUAUAGUAUAAUUCUAAAAUAUAUAUAAUAUAUAUAACUAAUAUUAUUAAUUAAUGUUUACGAAAGAUAGAUUUAUUUUAGAUAUAAAUUUCAAUGGUUAAUUACCGAAACUGUAUUAUCAUAUUAUAAAAUUAUAUUUCGCUUCGAGUUUCCAAUCAAGUGGCAGCACUAUCGAACAGAGUAAGAGAAAUUUGGAUUUGCGUUUGUAAACGACGGUGAAUGUCGUAUAUUUUGUGAUAAAAUUAGGAGAAAGUAGUGACAAAUGUUCUUAUAAGAGAAAUAAUUAAGUUCGCAACAGUAUUUUCUUGGUAUUAAAUACCAUCGUCGAUCAUGGUUCGAAGUAGUGACAAGGAUAGGCAUCAUAGAAGACGAUCGAGAUCACGUUCAAGAUCUCGUUCUGCUACUCCUGAGAAAAAACGACGGCGAUCUAGGAGCAGAGAUAGGGAUAGGGAACGUGAUAAGGGACGACACAGGGAGAGAAGGAGUCGUUCUAGAGAUCGAGAUAGGGAUAGAAGAGAUCGCUCUGAAAGGGAUAGAGAUCGCGAUAGAAAACGUGGAGACAGUAAAGAAAAGCGUCUUACAGGCUCAAAGUCUUCGCGUUCAGGCAAAGAUCGGUCGAAUAGAUCAAGAUCGAGAGAGCGAAAGGAGAAAGAGAAGGGUGACAGUGAUGAGUUGCCGUUUGAUCAUACUAAAUUGGACAAAGAAGAGGAACAGAAAAGAUUAGAACUGGAGAUGCAAAAGAGGAGAGAAAGAAUAGAGAGGUGGCGUGCGGAAAGGAAAAAGAAAGAAUUGGAGGCAACUAAGAAAGACGGUAAGGCAUCCAUUUUAGCAAAUCUUCAGUUGCCUAUGAAAAAGUGGUCCCUCGAGGAUGACAGUGAUGAAGAGACACCUGUUGUUCAAAAUAGUAACAAGGAAGUCAAAGAAGAUGGAGAAACAAAAGAAGAAGUGGAAGAGGUUAAGGAAGAAGCUAAAGAUGAUGAGGAAGAAGUUGAUCCUCUUGAUGCCUUUAUGGCAGAGGUUCAGGAAGAAGUUCGAAAAGUGAAUAAACUCGAUAAUAAAGGCGGGAAGAAUGCUAAUAACGGUACAGGUACAGGAGGUACACAAAGUGGCGGAGUUGUGAUUGUUACUGGAGUAGCUAAAAAGAAAGUGCAAAAACAAAAAGGAGAAUUAAUCGAACAAAAUCAAGAUGGUCUUGAAUAUUCUAGCGAAGAGGAAGGAGAAAAUCUUCAUGAAACUGCAGCAGGCAUUGCGAAUAAACAAAAGCGCGAACUAGCCAAAGUUGAUCACGCAACAACAGAAUAUCAGCCAUUCAGAAAAUCGUUUUACGUUGAAGUACCUGAAAUCGCACGAAUGACACCAGAAGAAGUAGAAGCAUACAAAGAAGAAUUAGAAGGUAUUCGAGUGAAAGGCAAAGGUUGUCCAAAACCUAUCAAGUCAUGGGCGCAAUGCGGUGUUACGAAAAAGGAGUUAGAGGUGCUAAAGAAACUUGGUUAUGAAAAACCAACUCCUAUUCAAUGUCAAGCUAUUCCAGCGAUUAUGUCUGGUCGUGAUUUGAUAGGAAUAGCAAAGACAGGUAGUGGAAAAACGUUAGCCUUUUUGUUGCCGAUGUUCAGGCAUAUCCUCGAUCAACCACCAUUAGCAGAUGGUGAUGGUCCGAUCGCACUAAUCAUGACACCGACCAGAGAAUUAUGCAUGCAAAUCGGAAGAGAUUCGAAAAAAUUCACCAAAUCUUUGGGACUGUCCCACGUUUGCGUUUAUGGCGGAACUGGUAUAUCGGAACAGAUAGCGGAAUUGAAGAGAGGUGCUGAAAUAAUUGUUUGUACGCCGGGCAGAAUGAUAGAUAUGUUGGCCGCUAACAGUGGACGAGUAACAAAUUUACGUAGAGUAACUUACGUAGUUCUCGAUGAAGCGGAUAGAAUGUUCGAUAUGGGUUUCGAGCCCCAAGUAAUGCGCAUUAUGGAAAACGUUAGACCUGAUCGACAAACCGUGCUCUUCAGCGCAACAUUCCCUCGUCAAAUGGAAGCAUUAGCAAGAAGAAUUCUGACCAGACCCGUAGAAGUUCAAGUCGGUGGAAGAUCUAUCGUUUGUAAAGAUGUUGAACAGCACGUGGUAGUUCUCGAAGAAGAUCAAAAGUUUUACAAAUUACUUGAAAUUCUUGGUCAUUAUCAAGACAAAGGUUCCGCAAUAAUAUUUGUCGAUAAACAAGAAAAUGCAGAUACUUUGUUGAAAGAUCUUAUGAAAGCAUCUUAUUCCUGUAUGUCGCUUCACGGUGGUAUCGAUCAAUGCGAUAGGGAUUCAACGAUAUUAGAUUUCAAAGCUGGUAGAACGAAGCUAUUAGUGGCCACAUCGGUCGCUGCUAGAGGUUUAGAUGUUAAGCAUCUCAUACUUGUAGUAAAUUACGAUUGUCCGAAUCAUUACGAAGAUUAUGUACACAGAUGUGGGAGAACAGGAAGAGCUGGAAAUAAAGGAUACGCAUACACUUUUAUCACAUCAGAACAAGAACGUUAUGCGGGUGAUAUUUUGCGCGCUCAUGAAUUAGCAGGUGUCCCCGUUCCGGAGCCAUUACGUCAACUUUGGGAAGGGUAUAAAGCCCGACAGGCAGCGGACGGUAAAAAGGUUCACACUGGGGGUGGCUUCAGUGGGAAAGGGUUCAAGUUUGAUGAAUCGGAAGCAGCCUUAGCUAACGAGAAGAAGAAGUUCCAGAAGGCAGCUCUGGGAUUACAAGACUCGGAUGAUGAAGAUAUAGAGAAUGACAUCGACCAACAAAUAGAGAGUAUGCUGGCACCGAAAAGGACGGUCCGUGAGAUUGCUAGACCUUCUGCCACCAAUAUCGCAGUUCCUGGUCAACCUGUGCCAAGUGCAACCGAUAAGUUAGAAUUAGCUAGACGAUUAGCAUCCAAGAUCAACAUAGCCAAAAAUUUGGGAGCCGAGGCAAAGGGUGCAACGCAACAAGCGGCCGAAGCUAUACUUAAAGGUGCUGGUCCUACCAAUCUUAUUACGGCGAAAACGGUCGCCGAACAAUUGGCCGCGAAGUUGAACACGAAAUUGAAUUACCAACCUCGUGAAGAAGAUCUCGUGGAAAGCGAUGUAGAGGCUGGUGAACAAACGUUCCGUAAAUACGAAGAAGAAUUAGAGAUUAACGACUUCCCACAGCAAGCUAGAUGGCGUGUUACGAGCAAGGAAGCUCUCGCACAGAUUUCAGAAUAUUCUGAGGCAGGUCUGACGGUUAGGGGUACUUAUAUAGCACCUGGUAAAGCACCGCCUGAAGGCGAGAGGAAACUAUAUCUCGCUAUUGAGUCUACUAGCGAAUUAGCUGUUAGCAAGGCCAAAGCAGAAGUUUCACGACUGAUCAAAGAAGAAUUAAUUAAGUUGCAAGCGUCUGGUGCGCAUACCGCAUCUCGUGGUAGAUACAAGGUUUUAUAAAAAGAAAAAAAAAAGAAAAAGAAAAAAAGAAAGAAAAAAAUGAAGUGUUUUUCGUUGUACAUGCAUUUUACGCAUAUAUAUAUAUAUAUAUAGUAUAUUAUUUUCAUUGAAUAACGUACGAGUAAAAUAUUAGAAAUUUAUUAAACUUACAAAUGUUUAUAUAAAACACUUUGUAUUUAACAAUACAAUAACGUGCGAAAUUUGCUUAACAAUUAUGGGAGUAUCGAUUCAGCUAUCAAAGUAUCUGCAAGCGAUCCAAAUUUAUUUCGACUUACUACAAUUAAGAGAUUCUGACUAUCAAACGCACGAUAUGACACAAAAUUUGGAACGCUUGACGCGAUAGAUAUAUAUAUAUAAAUACAUAUAUAUAUAUAUAUGUAUAUAUAUAUAUAUAUUUUUUUUUUAAUAGAUUAUUGUAUCUGCAGAGAAUAUAUGUAUAAUGUAACAAUCAUGAGACACUUUGUUUGGUAACUUAAGUUAGGACUUUUUUAACUUUAUUUACAGCUUACAACGAGCAACAUCAAUCACCCUUCAACUACCAAUUUGUUUUUUUUUUUUUCUCGUAAUUUGGGUAAUUCAUGUGCCUUUGUACAUGUUCCACGUACUCCCCUUUUCUUUGGCAAAUAUUAAGAGACGAAAAUACACUCUACUUUUCCGUUAUAUUACGUUAGGCACUAGAAGAAUCACAGUCAUGAAACUCGACGAUACCGCGAGCGGUAAAGUCAUUAGGUUAAAAAAAAAAAAAAAGAAAUGCUUCAACACACUUUGAGAAAUGCGAAAUCAAGAUUAUCGCUGAUCGCGGUAAUUAAAUCAUCUGUUUAUCGCGAUCGGUGAUAUCCUCGUUAUUCCUGUUCACAUCUCUGACUCGAUUGCUAAAAAAUUACGUAAAGGUAGAGAAAAAUUGCAAGAAAAAUUUGCGUAACAUAUCCUCCAAUGGUCAUGGCACUUGAUAUGUAACUAUGAGCAAUUUCCGCUCUGAUGAGCGCGCUUAAGGGUACUUCCACCGUGAUUUUAGGGCUCCUUUCUAAAAUUCUAGUAACUAGUUUUUCAGUCUCGGUCACACAAGCCCUUAAUUGCAGAGUCGAAGGCUUUCUCGAUGUAGGUUGUACAACGAUGAAUAUGUCACGAUCCGGUGUCAUCAUGCCACGAAGAACGCAUUGUGCCACUUGAAUCUGUCGCGCCAAGGCUGACAACAGGACCUCGAGCGUAACCGUGUCUUUAUCGAUGUCCUCCUUCAUCACGUAGUAUAUCCUAUCCAACUUCAAAAAACAGAAAAACCAAUCAGACAAUAAAAUAUAUUAAUAAUAACGUUUUAUCCUUUUUCUUCUUUUUUUUUGCAAAAACGUAGAAGAGCAGAGAGUAACGUAGCGCGAACAUACCUGUUUCUUGGAAUAAAAUAGCUUAGCCGCCCCACCGCAGACUGGACAACAAGCGCCGGGCGGCGUCACUCCGACGCAAUACGGCUCGAUCAAUCGUGGACACUGUACCAAAUCGCCGCAGCGAGGCUUAGCUUGGUCGCCUAUCAACCCAACAGCCGCACAAGGGCCAAAGUAAUCCACCACCGUCCUCUCCGCCCAGGCGGCACACUCGUUUGCGUAAACUUCCCCGUUAGCGCCACAAACGGGACCACGCAAGGUACACCCUUCCAAACAAUGCCCCCUGUAUCCCAAAGUAGCCCCGGCCCGUAUCAUCGCGCACAUUGAUCGGUGUUGACGGUUUUCUUUGUCGCAUACUGGGCCGCCAGCCUCGUCCCGAGGGUCGCAGUCAAGAGGGACGCACUCGUAUUGGCGGCAAGGUUUGUGAAGCUCGGACAAGCACACCCUGCUCCUCGCCACGCAUUUCUCCGUGGUGUCGCACGGGCUCGAGGCGCAGGGAUCCCGGGACGAACAACUGCCGAACUCCACGUCGUUCACGGACAUUCUCGCGCAAGUUGCCAGGCAGCCAGACGCGAAGGUGAAGCCCAAUUUUCCGCAGACGGGGACGUAAUGAGGCGGGCAGUCGCAGGGCAGCGAGGGGAUCUCCCCGCAAUUCUUUUUCGAGCACGUGUACUCGCCCUCGAAACAGUGGCAGGGAUUGCACUCGACGUAAAAAUUGGCUUUGUGGGCGAUGAUCUGAUUGUGUAUCGAGCACGGAUUGAAUUUAACGUAAUUCAACAUCUUACACUUGUCUAAACCGUACGAGGUGCACUGGCAGAUUUGAUGGGAGCCCUGGUUGAAACUCGGAAUUUGUACCCAGGAGCCUACGGGCACCAAUUGCUUGGACAUUUUCCCGAGGAAGCAGGCUGGGACGCAACGGUACGCUUGGCGCCCGUAGUGGAGGAGCUGACAGAUUUCGCCUUGGGCGCAGGGAUUAAUCUUGCAAGGGGUCGUAAUGUCCUCCUCGAGACGCACCACGGACUCGUUGUCCUGCGGAUCCUCCAGAAACGGUUUCAGGGACACGCAAGGCGCGUCGGACUUGGCAGGCGAGAGCUUGGCGCACAACGUGGCCGCCGUGUGGGGGCCGGUGAUAGCGGACCAAUCCACGCAACUUGCCAUCAACUCUAGACAAUCCUCCCGACAAAGUCUCGUCUCGUGACUCUUCGUUUCGCACGGUCUCAGUUGCAGCAGGCAAGCGGCCGCGCGGAGAGUUUCCGGUGGGCAGGUCGCGGCCACUCGAAUCGGCAGGCUCAAUCCUCGGAUGAUUCCGCCUCUGGACCAGUGGUGAGCUUCGAAUUUAGCCGCUUCGUCGGUCGUGGCCGAACAACUCCUGAGGGAUAAAAGAACGAAAAGAAAGAAAGAAAGAAAGAAGAGAAGGGGGGAAUAAGAAUAGAGAAGCGGUAGUAGAGUUGGCCGCGGUCCAAAAGCGAAAGCAAAGGAGAGACGUUUCACCUAAAGAGUGUCGUCGACCUGUCGUUGAAUCGCGUGCAGUAGGACAAUCCUGCGCAGCCCAUUUCGCAAGGAUCGUCCGUAUCCUCGAGGCACCGCCUCAGCUCUCCUUCCUGGCUCGAGGACAAGCAUUCGGCGUCGAGAGGAUGCCAAGAGGAUUCCCAGUCUGCUUUGAACGCCCUCCAACACAGAUCCUGGCACUUUGGCUUGAUUGCUUUGGUACAGCAUGACAAUUUGCCCGCAUCUAGAGGUAGACGGACCGGCUUCGGCGAGCCGGACUUCAUUAGACAGCUCCAAAACGGCGAUUGAGGGGAAAUUGGCGGUCCGCAUUUUUCCGUUAACGCGUUCAAGAUCUCUCGAUCGGUUGUUGCCGUGUACAGGAUCUUUUUACACGUUUCCAUGCACGUUAAACUGUCCGCCUUGUUGCAGCAAUGCAAAUCUGUUGCGAAAGAAAGGAUAUAUCCCAGUUACGAGAAAGGACAAAAGAAUUGGAAAUUACGCAGAGAAGGAAAAAAAAAGGGAGAGAAAUAAUCGUUGAUCGUCCCUUUUCUACGCACGUUGUUUUGGAUUUUCAGCAUGUUUCACUUCUGUCACGCUUUUCAAACACUUUGGCAUUUGGUGGAAGCAUCCGUUCCGACUUGAAAUUUUCUCGCGCUUGUAAAACAGAUUUUGGCAUACGGUUCUGCACGUAUCAUUGGACACUUUGCCGCAACAAUGUUCAGCUUCCUCCCGCCUUUCCAGACAGGAAAAGAACUCGGGUUCGUCGCUUGGUCGACAAGAUUCGUUCAGAUUUCGCCUCGAUCCUGACAGAGCGCACGUGGAUCGACAUAUCGGAUUCUGCACCAGGUAACAGCAUCGCCUCCCUGUCCAAUUCUCGUGUCUUUUCACCUCUAUCGGAGAGUGUCAAGAAGGGUUAAUAAUUAAUAAUUUUGCUUCGAAAGGAGUUGAUCCAAAAAUUCUCUUACCAUUUAACGUCGAGUUCACGCAACCCCAGAAUUCUGUCUGAAAGAAAAUAAUAAAGAAAAGUUGGAGGAGGCGAGGAUUACACACGGAGAGGGAGUGAAAACCGAGGCGAACGUGAGAAAAAGGUAUCGCGAGAAUCUUUUGUAACGCGAGUCUAUCGAUCUCACGUUCCUUUUUUCUUUUUUUUUUUUUCUUUUUCUUCCUUUUUUUCCCCUGAAUCGUUCAAAGUAUUGUCGCAGGAAUUGGUUUCGUAUAUUCGACACGACGAUCUUUGACCAUCGAGUACGGAUUAAAAGGAUCGAUUAAAAGCGGCUUACCAGCUCGAGGGAACAUAACUCUAGCAAGCGCUGUGUCGCGUUCUCCCUUGCCUCUGCUUCUGCCCCCAAUGCUACCAGUGAGAUCUGAAAGCAUCGCGACACCACUUUUUCUUUCUUUCUUUUCUUUUUUUUAUCGAUUCGAACGUCGACAUUUAUACACAAAAGGAGAGAAAGAGAGAGAAAGAGAGGAAAAAGGUUUGAAACGGUUGGGAAAAAAUAGGAGAAGAAGGAGAAGAAGAAGAAGAAAAAGGAGAAAAAGAACGGCACAGCUGUGUAGUAUCUGCUGAUGUUGAUGGGAAUUUCCACGAUUCAGAAUGCAAGAUACGACGCAUUAGAAGUUAUUAAGAAUCAAGGACACGAGUACGCUUCACGAGUCGCCACGAUUUCCUGUUGUCCGUCUCUGAAUGACAAUAGACCGCACGGAUAUCGACUGUUCUACCAUUUAGAGGUUCAUUCGAAAUGCAAUCGACGUACACCACCACGAGGACGACGUACAAGUCUAUUUCGUAGUCUCGUCACGGUUACGAGUUACGACUAUCCAUUGGCGUGCGGUGGGUCCUGUUAGGACUUGGACGCAGCCUGGGUCACAGGUUGUAUUCGUUUUUAACGUUAAUUCUCUAUCGAUCGAGUGUACGUCAUUCUCUCUCUCUCUCUCUCUUUCUCCAUUGACGAUUUAUUUAUGAAAGAAAAGUAACGAAAAAAAAAAAAAAAAAAGAAGGGGAGAAAGAAGCGCGUGUAAAGUUUUUAAAUAGAACUUUUCACAGUUGAACUGUUGCAAAUGUUAAGGGCGUAAACGAUAGCGAACCGAGGAGACGAAGCACAUAUUUCUGUCGUGGUAUAUUCUGGGAGCUAUGCACAGCCGAGCCGCGUCGCCAUUUCGAAAGGGGGUGCAUUUUUCUCGCAAACUUUUCGAACGUAAAUGUUAUUCCAACCCUGCAAAAUCGAACCCCCUGUUAACGCAACAUACGCGUCCAUACACAACCCUUACCAACUCCUGUGUAUCGUCAACUUUAAUCCAAACUUU